AGGAUCAUGUAUCGUUCGGGUUUCAAGGAGCUUUCCAGUGUGGGGCCUCGGCAAAGAAUACGGUAUGCCGAACUAUCAUUGAUGAGAAUUCGACCAUUGCAAAUAUUUUGUCAACGAUUCUCUCAGAAGACACCGCGGAAGUCGAAAUAUCAAAGCAGCCGGCUGGUGAAAACGUCAUGUACAACACAUGUCUAAUCGUGGAAGAAGAUUCUGAAGCUGCGGAUGCAGAGCAAGAUUCCGCAGCGCUAGCUACUCUUUCACAUGAGCAGCGCGAUGUCAUUGUUGGUGUACGAGUGUGUCUCGGUUCUUUUAAUGUGCUCCUCGAGGGGCGAAACGGAAAACUAAGUCGAUCUCAGCUGUCAAACAUUGCUGGGACUUUGGAUGCAGUACUCAGCCAAAUCUGCACCAGACCCGACAGCAGAAUCUCUUCUCUAGAUUUCUUGAGCGGCAGAGACAGAGAACAAAUCAGGCACUGGAAUAGUACGCCUCUCGAAGAGGUGGAGAGGUGUAUUCAUGAAGUCAUUCAUGAUAAUGUGUUAGCUAACCCCGAUGCGGAAGCGAUCUGCUUCAUUGACGGUUCCAUCUCAUACCUGGACCUCGAUCAAAAGUCAGACAGACUUGCAGCUCAUCUCGUCGACUCCGGCAUGUGUGAGGGCGAUUUUGUUCCCCUCUGCUUCGACAAAUCCCCAUGGAAUGUCGUAGCGAUGCUUGCGGUGAUGAAAGCCGGUGGAGCUUUCAGUCCCCUGGACCCAGCGGCGCCUAUCGAUCGAAUCCAAAUGCUAGCUAACAAACUCAAGGCGAAGACUAUCCUCUGCUCAGAAAGAUAUACAGGAAUGCUCCGGGAUAGCAACUGUGUCCUUGUUCCCGUGGACCAACUGAAAAUCGACAGCCUACCAGGGAGCAAACAAUCCCUCCCGAAGGUCAACAAUACCGCUUUAGCUUAUCUCAUCUGGACAUCCGGAACAACCGGAGAGCCUAAGGGAACAAUGAUCCAACAUCAAUCUUAUUGCUCAGGAGCCAAAGCCCAUGGACCGGCAAUGCUGAUCACUGCAGAGUCACGUGUACUGCAAUUUGCCGCCCACACGUUCGAUGCCAGCUUGGUCGAAAUCCUUACCACCCUAAUGGCCGGCGGUGUGAUCUGUAUCCCAAGCGAAGAGGAUAGAUUGAAUGAUACGGCCACAACAAUUAAUCAACUCCGAGUCAAUUGGGCGGUUUUGACCCCCUCGUUCAUCGACUUCAUCAGCCCUAACGACGUCCCAGGACUCAAAACUCUGGUUUUGGCUGGCGAGGCAAUGAACAGAAGUCAUCUAGAACGCUGGUCACAUAUCAAUUUGGUUAAUGGAUAUGGCCCGAGUGAGGCAUCUGUCGCAGCAGUUGUCAACUCCUCUGUUACUGCUUCGACAUCCCCGACAAAUAUCGGCUUUGCAACUGGCGUUCACGCCUGGGUGGUCGACGCGACGAACCAUGAGAAACUGGUGCCUAUCGGUAGCAUUGGGGAGCUUGUGAUCCAAGGUCCGAGCGUGGCCCUUGGCUAUCACAACGAUACUGAUAGGACUGCAUUUGCAUUCCUAGACACUGCUUCAUGGUUGCAGAGUAAGGAAGUCGGACAGUGGCGCUUGUACAAGACUGGCGACCUAGUCCGGCAAAAUCUCGACAGAACACUUGAGUUUGCUGGUCGGAAGGAUACGCAAGUCAAAGUACACGGUCAGCGCGUCGAACUGGGCGAAAUAGAGCAUCACCUCACAGCACACGCACUGGUGUCUAAUGGAGCUGUCCUAUUUCCAAAAUUGGGUAUCUUCAAGGAUAGGCUGAUAGCAGUGCUGAGCCUAUCGAAUACAACAACAGCCCGCGAUAGGAUCGAACCACUCAAGAUAAUCAAUGAGAUAUCGGAUGAGAGGAAGGUCAUCCGAAACUCGUUAAUGGCACACCUCCCCAUCCACAUGGUCCCGACUUUGUUAGUCCUCGUUGAAAGCCUUCCAUUCUUGGCAUCGGGGAAAAUUGAUCGUAAGGCUAUCGCCAGCUGGACUGAGAGUAUGGAUGAUGAAACCUACCGCCAGGUUGUCGAACUGCCGACUUCCAAGAACAACAGUGGAAAUCUGGCUCUUAUUGCUUCAUCUGAAAUGGAGACCACAUUGAGAGACAGCUGGAGUCACGUGCUUAAUCUCCCUUCCGAUUCGAUUCCCUUUGACCGCUCAUUCAUGAGCCUGGGUGGAGAUAGUAUCACGGCCAUGCAGGUCAGAGGAUAUUGCGCGAAGCAGAGUAUCGAUGUUGGAGUGCAAGAAAUUCUUCGGAGCAAGUCUAUCACUGUCCUGGCCCAGUAUGCCAGAGUGCUUGAACGCAAGUCCCACCAUGAGGAGAUCCUCGAACGGCCCUUCGAGCUCUCUCCAAUCCAGAAGAUGUACUUUAUGCUUCCACAUCAAGGGAGGGGCCAUUUCAAUCAAAGCUUCUUCCUUCGCGUCACUCAAAAAAUCACAAAGUCCGAGCUAGGACUUGCACUUGAGACGAUUGUUUGGCGCCACUCGAUGCUUCGAGCCCGCUUCAAUAGGCCAGAAGGAGAUGGGUCGUGGCAGCAACGCAUCACUAGCGAUAUUUCUGCAUCUUAUCGUUUGAAAGAACACGAGUUGAGCGAUGCCAAACAGAGAGACUUAGCUAUAGCCAAUAGUCAAGUCUGUCUGGACGUCGUGUCCGGGCCCGUAUUUGCAGCAGAUCUGUUCAAUGAUCCGAAGCGAGAUGGCAGCGAACAGCUCUUAUUUCUAGUUGGCCAUCAUCUUGUCAUUGAUCUAGUCUCCUGGCGUGUGAUUCUCGAGGAUCUCGAGGAGUUACUCCUGAGAUUCGGGACAUCUUCCGUUGAGAAGCCUACUUCGUUCCAAGCCUGGUGCCAGAUGCAGUUGGACCAGUCCCAAACAGUGGCUAUCGAUAACACUUUCCCGUUCAUUGACAUUCGACAGGGUGACUUCGAGUACUGGGGCAUGUCAGGACAUCCUAACACGUACGGCCAAGUCGCAUGUGAGGGAUUCGAUGUUGAUCAGGAAACAACAUCCGUUCUGCUGAAUCAGUGUCACGUAGCUCUUCGUACAGAAACUGUUGAUGUUCUCAUCGCAUCCCUCAUAUACUCAUUUGGCAACACCUUCGAAGACCGACAAUUGCCAGCUAUCUUCAACGAAGGCCACGGACGUGAACCAUCUGGAAUGGCUGUGGAUCUCUCCCGAACUGUUGGAUGGUUUACCGUGAUGUACCCAAUUCAUAUUGGCAAUUUUCAUAGUCAAAUCGAUACUCUGAAGCUGGUGAAAGAUUUCCGGCGCAGGGUUUCGGAUAAUGGCAGACUGUACUUCGCAAGUCGGUGCCUGACAGAGGAAGGUGGCCAAAGAUUUCAGCAACAUUGGCCGCUUGAAGUUACUUUCAAUUACUUGGGGCAAUACCAGCAGCUCGAGCGGAAAGGCGCUCUUUUACAGCCAGUGGGUACCAUGGCCGGUGAGACUCGAGGUGCUGGUGGCACAGCAGAUGUUGGACAGAACGCUCCACGAUUUGGUCUCUUCGAGAUCUCUGCGGUCAUCGCACAAGGGAAGCUUCGAUUCGCAUUCACCUUCAAUCACCAGAUGAAGCAUCAAGAAAAGAUCCGACAUUGGAUUUCUGGGUGUCGCGAGACCCUUUGUCAAAUGGUCAAGUCGCUUUCCGAACGAGAGCCAGAAGCAACUCCCGGCGACUUUCCCCUUCUGUCACUUGCUUACGACCAGCUCGAAGUUCUUACCAGAGACAAGUUGCCCACGCUUGGCAUAUCCAACAUUGACAAUAUUGAGGAUAUUUAUCCUUGCUCUUCAAUGCAAGAAGGUAUCCUAAUUAGUCAAGCCAAGAGUUCUUCAUUCUAUGCUGUACAGGUCGUUCAUCGCCUCAAAGAUCGGUCAGAUGCUCCAGCAGAUGCCAACAAGCUCGCAAGAGCUUGGCAGCAAGUUGUCGAUCGACACCCACCCCUCCGGACUGUUUUUAUUCAGAGUGUUACCAAUGAUGACGGAUUGUACGACCAGGUCGUUUUGAAGAAAGUUGCUGCCAGUAUCUGCCAUGUAGACUGUAGCACUGGGCGAUAUGCUCUCCAUGUCUUGGAGAAACAAGAUCCAAGUCUUUACAGGGAAAAUGGUCAUCCUCCGCACAAAUUCACUAUCUGCAAGACAUCUGACGGAGAAGUUCUUUGCAAGUUGGAAAUCAGCCAUGCGAUCAUGGACGGCACAUCGAUGUCAAUCAUCUUUCGCGACCUCGCCGCUGCAUAUCAAGGGGGACUGUGUGCUGUACCAGGGCCCUUGUACAGCAACUACAUUGCACACCUUCAGAACCAACCCUACGAGGCCAGUGCUGAUUAUUGGAAGAAUUAUCUCCAAAAUGCCGAGCCUUCAGUGUUUCCUAUCCUGAAUGAUGGCGUGUCCUCAAAGUCAGAACUUCACUCUUUACGUCUGAGCUUGAAAGACUCAGACUUCAUUCAACUGCAACAGUUUUGUAAAGAUAGGUCAUUGACACUCUCCAAUAUACUCCAUACCGCAUGGGCGCUCACGCUCCGUUGUUAUACAGCUUCGGAUGAUGUAUGCUUUGGAUAUCUGUCUAGUGGAAGAGAUGCCCCUAUUCCUGGGAUUGAGGAUGCUGUCGGACCGUUCAUCAAUACUCUGGUCUGUAGAGUUAGUAUCGUGCCCUCUAAUCGACUCGAGACAGUCCUGGAUCGAGUCCAGAAAGACCAUGUAGAGAGUCUCCCGCACAGGACCUUAUCGCUGGCCGAAGUUCAGCACAGUUUGCUGCUUUCCGGAAGCGCUCUUUUCAACACCGCAUUGUCUUACCGAAAACUACCAACGCAAUCCGCUGAAGAGAAUGUAGUGUCAUUCCAAGAAGUAGUCCCCACCUAUGAUCCGACAGAAUAUCCGCUUUCCAUCAACAUCGAAGCAUCAGACAGUAACGCGGCGAUUGACCUGGACUAUUGGACGGACUACAUAUCAGAUGGACAGGCGGGCAACAUCGGGGAAGUGUUCUUGAAGGCCAUUGAAAACAUUGUUCACAAUUCCAAGUUACCUGUGGAGCAGCUUGAUCACUUCAACGAGAAGCACUCUGAACAGAUCUGCAAUGUUUGGAACUCCAGUAUACCACAGAGUAUAGACGAUUGUGUGCACAGAGUCAUCGAGAGCCAGGUACUGGAGCAACCCCAAGCCCCGGCAAUUUGUUCCUGGGAUUGCGAGCUCACUUACGCCGAACUUGACGCACUCUCGAAUCGUUUGGCAUAUUACCUGAUUUCUUCGAUGGACAUUGGUCCUGAGAUGUAUGUGCCUACAUGCUUCGAUAAAUCCGCAUGGACGGUCGUUGCUAUGCUCUCGGUUCUCAAAGCAGGAGGCGCAGCGGUUCCUUUGGAUGCGACACAUCCCCAAGCAGCACUUGAACUGAGAGUAAAAGACACCCGAGCAAAGGUUGUUCUGACAUCUCCUUCUAGAUUAGGACUGUUUCAAGACAUGAACGUCAACGCAUUGGCAAUCGAUGAGCAGUUCGUACACAGUCUGCCCGACAAGUCCCUCCCAACAGCCACAUCAGUCCAGCCCAGCAACCCUGCUUUUGUCAUUUACACUUCCGGCUCGACUGGCUUGCCAAAGGGUGUUGUACUUGAGCAUCAAGCUAUUGUCACAAGUGGCCACGCUACUGGCACUGCAUAUCAACUCGAUCGGAAAUCUAGAGUUUUGCAAUUCGCUUCAUAUACUUUCGACAACAGUCUGGAAGAAAUGUUCAUAACCCUCAUGAGGGGUGGCUGUGUCUGUAUUCCAUCCGAGCACGAUCGCGUCAAUGACCUGGCCGGCGCCAUCAAUAGACUCAAUGUCAAUUUCAUGGAUAUCACUCCCACAGUAGCCAGCUUCCUUAAUCCAUCAGACAUUCCGACGGUAAAGGGUCUUUCCCUAGGUGGCGAGCCUCUGACUAAAGAGAACAUUGAUACGUGGGGACAAGAGAUCUCUCUCCAUUGUUGUUACGGUCCAUCGGAGUGCUCGAUCAACAGUUCCUGGAAUGGGGACUUGCUGGCCUCUUCUGAGGCGACCAAUAUCGGCAGAUCGAUUGGAAGCGUAUCGUGGAUUGUAGAUCCAUCAAAUCAUGAUAAGCUCAUGCCAAUCGGCUGUGUUGGCGAGCUGCUGAUCGAGGGUCCUAUCCUCGCUCGUGAGUACCUCAAUGACCCAGAAAAAACUUCGAAGGCAUUCAUCAUCAACCCUGCGUGGGUGGCUGAAGGAUAUCAUCGGCUGUACAAGACAGGUGAUCUAGCAAGAUACAAUUCGAAUGGCACAAUCACUUACCUUGGCCGGAAAGACUUUCAAAUCAAGCUCAAUGGGCAGCGUAUCGAAUUGGGCGAGAUUGAACAUCACGUCAAAUCCAAUGUCUUACCUGGUAUCAAUUCUGCAGUUGAGCUUGUCACACUCAGUGGCAGCCGGAAAGCUCUCGCCGCUUUCCUUUGCAUCGAGAACUCCAAAUCAGUGUCCGAAAUGGACUCUCUUCUACUACCAAUGUCAGCCGAUGUCAGAACAUCUGCAGCUGCGCUACAGGCGGCUAUCGCUGCUCUGAUCCCCAGUUAUAUGGUACCCACCUUGUAUAUCCCAGUGAAGAGAAUGCCCAUGACCUCUUCUGGCAAGCUUGACCGCCGAAGCCUACGAGACGUAUGCCGAUCACUGUCUGAAACAGAAGCCACACAGUACAGGCUGGCUCAAAGGUCUAGUUCUCGACCAUCAACGGCAAUGGAAAAGACUUUGGCAACGCUUUGGGAAUCAGUACUGAAUUUGGAGCGGGACACUAUUGGCGCAGAUGAUAAUUUCUUCCGGAUGUCAGGGGAUUCAAUUGGCGCCAUGAAACUGAUCACCGCCGCUCGAGCAAAAGGAAUCACACUUACGGUUGCCAGUAUAUUCCAAAAACCUAAGCUUUCCGAUCUGGCCUUGGACGCGAAGUCGAUGGUCGGCGGGGGUGCCUCUGCAAUGGAGAGUGAGGUGAAGCCAUUCGAUUUGGUCUCUCAGAAAAUACCUCUGGCAGAACUUAUCGUGGAAGUAUCCUCUCACUGUCUUGUGGAUCCCAAGCUCAUCGAAGAUAUAUACCCGUGCACCGCAAUUCAAGAAGGCCUCAUAGCUUUGUCGAACAAAGACCCCGGAGCUUAUGUGGCCCAGAACAUCUACAAAUUGCCGGCAGACAUCGACUUUGACAGAUUUCGAGCGGCAUGGCAAAUGGUCUUUGAUAUUGAGUUCAUUCUGAGAACGCGAAUUGUGUUCACUGAGUCUUCGGGAUUUCUGCAAGUAGUGGUUCGUGAGCCUCUUGCCUGGCACGUUGCUGCCACUCUCGAAGACGUUCUUCUUGAUAAACGACAGCUACCUUCACACAACGGCGGAACUCUUGCAAGCUAUACGAUGGUCAAAGACACGGGUCAUUUCGUGUGGACUGCGCAUCAUGCUAUCUACGAUGGAUGGUCGUUACCAAUCCUACUCGAGAGGGUGGAAGCAUGCUACAACAAUGUUUCACCCCCAGACACAAAACUUGGCAGAGGAUAUCCUAGAUUCAUCAAAUAUCUUGCUGGGGUGGAUAAUGCAACUAUUGAUGCUUUCUGGUUGAGCAAGCUAUCUGCUACCACAGCAGCGCAAUUUCCUGCCCUGCCACACCCGGCAUACCAAGUUCAAGCCACAAGCGUCUCAUCACAUACCGUGCAGGUGACUCGCAAUUCGGGUUCCAGCAUCACUUUACCGUCAGUCAUCAGAGCUGCCUGGGCGUUGCUUCUCGCGGCAUACUCUGGAAACUCUGAAGAUGUCGUGUUUGGAGAAACUCUCACUGGGCGAGAUGCUCCAGUUCACGACAUCGAGCAGAUCGUUGGACCGACACUCGCGACUAUUCCUACCCGCAUCCGAAUCAAUUGCGAGAUGACAAUUUGCGAAUUUCUGGAAGAAGUUCAAUCGUCCUCCGCUGAAGCAAUUCCCUACCAAUAUGCUGGACUACAACGCAUCAAGCAUGUCAGCCAAGAUGCAGCUGUCGCGUGUGGCUUCCAGAAUCUGCUCGCUAUUCAUCACAACGCUAACGAAUCUUCGACUGGGAUCUGGAAUCUGACGAGCUCAGGUACCGCAGGAACUAAUUUCUAUUCGUAUUCAUUGACAGUCUCUUGCCAAAUUUUGGCCGAAAGCGUGGAGUUUGAGGCUCAUUUUGACCAUGAUAGCAUUUCUACAUGGCUUGUAGAGAGACUUUUGGUCCAAUUCGGGUUUAUUCUUCGAAAGCUUCUUUCUCCAAGUAGCCAAAAUAUCAAGCUUUACGACAUCCAGACCCUGAAUCCAAUGGACGAAGAAAUGAUCAAAUCCUGGAACAGCCAGCCUCUUACUGUCGCUGAAGAUUGUAUUCACAGCCUGAUCGAGCGACAAGUCCUCAAGCAGCCGGCAUCAAAAAUCGCUGUACAUGGCUGGAAUUCCAGCUUUACCUAUCCAGAGCUGGACAGUAUUUCAACCCAAUUAGCGAGACACUUGGUUCAUCAUGGAGUCCAGAAUUCGCUCGUACCAAUAUGUUUUGAGAAGUCUGCUUGGACUGUUGUCGCGAUGCUUGCGAUCCUCAAGUCAGGGGCUGCUUUUGUACCCUUGGAUCCAGCAGCCCCCAUUUCCAGACUUCGAGGUAUUGUUGAGGAUACGGAGGCGAACUUGCUUAUUUGUUCUCCCUCAUUCGCCGAGGUUUGCCAAAAUAUAUCAUCUCAUGUGAUUGUUGUGGAUAGUCACUUGAUCGCCGGACUGUGUUCAAAGGAGGAUACACUUCCCUCCGUCAGCCCACAAGACCCCUGCUACGUCAUAUUUACAUCCGGAACCACGGGGAAGCCAAAGGGAACUAUCCUGCAACAUGCCGCAUUCUGUUCUGGUGCUGCCGCUCAUGGUCCAGCUCUCGGCAUCACUUCAGAUUCGCGAGUGCUUCAGUUUGCAAGCUACACGUUUGACGCAAGCUUGUUGGAGAUUCUGACUACCCUGACUUUAGGUGGAUGUGUUUGCAUUCCGGACGAAGAUGAGAGAUUGAACAACAUCACCGGCGUCAUCAACAGAAUGGAAAUCACUUGGACCCUUUUGACGCCUUCAUUUAUCCAGCUCGUGCAACCUUCCGACAUUCCAAAUUUGAAGACUCUUGUACUUGGUGGAGAAGCUAUGUCGCAAUCGCACAUCACGACGUGGGCUGAUAAGCUCGAACUUAUCAAUGCCUAUGGGCCGUCCGAGGCUGCAGUUGUCGCAGCAGCGAACUCUCAGAUGAAUCUAACAACACUUCCCAAUAACAUGGGCCGAGCUGUAGGUGGCCGCUCGUGGGUUGUGGAUAUCAUCAAUUGGAAUCGUUUAAGUCCCGUGGGAGCGGUCGGCGAGUUGGUGAUUGAGGGACCAAUUUUAGCGAAUGGAUAUCUCAAGAACGAUAUCAAGACGAAGGAAGUGUUCAUUGAAGACCCCGCUUGGUCUCGGAAUAAUGAUCAUGUCCACCGACGAAUGUAUCGCACUGGUGAUCUGGUCAAAUAUACAGCAGAAGGUCAACUCCUCUUCUGUGGACGCAAGGACACGCAAACCAAAAUACAUGGACAGAGAAUAGAGCUAAGCGAGGUGGAGCAUCACCUUAGAGAAGAUCUUUCAAUAAGGCAUGUUCUCGCUUCCGUUCCCCAUGCAGGCUUUUGCACAGGCCGUCUCGUGGUUGCUCUGUCGCUUCAAGAAUCUUCGGCUUCGGCCAUCGCUCCUGGCGCCUUCAAGACUGUUGUCAACGAAGCAACAAAGUUCUCUGUGGCUGCUGUCAAGGAUCGACUGUGUGUGCAUUUGCCAUCUUAUAUGGUACCUUCUUCUUGGGUUGUCUUGGAAUCCCUACCUUUGCAACCAUCGGGGAAGCUUGACCGACGCAGGAUAGAGCAAUAUUUGGAAACCAUGGACUCGCACACAUUCGAACAGAUUUCUGACGUAGCUGGCACGGAUCAAGAGAUCCAAGUCAAUCCAGUAGAGCGCCAGCUGCAAGAAAUUCUGGGCAUGGUUUUGAAUCUACCGCCACGGCAAAUCGGCCUACAUCAGUCGUUCCUCCACCUUGGAGGAGAUUCGAUUUCGGCAAUGCAGGUCAUGUCAACCUGCCGAUCUCAUGGACUUGGAGUGACUGUAAAGGACAUCAUCCAAAGCAAAUCCGUUUCUGACUUAGCGCUACUAGUCAAACUCCCUGAAGAGGUCGUACAACAAGUUGAGGAAGUUGACAAGCCUUUCGACCUGUCCCCUAUUCAACGAUUAUUCUUUGAAUGUGUCGGUGACAAGAAUUGUCAUUUCAGUCAGAGCAUGCUAGUCCGCUUGACCAGACCCACGAGUGCCGAAAGAGUUUCUGCGGCUCUGAGCUCCUUGGUUACAGCUCACUCGAUGCUCCGGGCUCGUUUUCAAAGAAAUGAUGCAGGCAUAUGGCAACAACAAGUCAUUGAUCUCCCUGGAUCCUAUCUCUUCCGAGUGCACAAACCGAACGAGAGUGAAAUUCCCAUUCUUUUACAGAACAGCCACAGCCUGCUCGACAUCUCCACUGGACCUGUCUUUAUCGCGGAUCUGUUCGAGACGAGUGGCUCUGAGGAACAGAUUCUUUCUCUCGUCGCCCACCAUCUCAUUAUCGAUGUCGUUUCGUGGAGGAUAAUUCUCCAGGAUCUCGAAGACCUUCUCUCAUGCGAUACGUCCACAUUGCAGACGCCUCUCCCUUUCCAGACUUGGUCUCGUCUUCAAGCUGAGCAGGCACAGAGUAACCAUCACGCAGUCAUUGGCUUACUAGAAGACGUCCCGGCUGCUAACUUUGAGUACUGGGACAUGGGCGAUAGGAAAAACCUGUCAGGUGACGUUAUCGAGAAUGGAUUUGACCUGGAUGCCAAUUCAUCUUUGGCCCUCCUCGCAAGAUGUCACGAAUCAAUGCAAACAGAGGCCAUUGACGUGUUUCUGGCAACUCUGCUUCAUUCAUUCAACAAAGUCUUCUCUGAUUGCUCUGCUGUCCCAGCAAUUUACAACGAAGGCCAUGGUCGCGAACCGUGGGAGGGCUUAAAGCUUGACUUAUCGCGAACUGUGGGGUGGUUCACUACCAUGUGUCCCGUUUUCCUGCCAACCAAUAUCGACGGAGAAUCCGAUCUGAUGAACACCAUUCGCUGGGUCAAAGAUCUGAGACGUCGAGUUCCUGAUAAAGGACGACCAUAUUUCGCCCGUCGCCUCCUCACCGACGACGGGAAUCAGCGAUUUUCAAAGCAUUGGCCUAUGGAAAUAACGUUCAAUUACUUAGGGAAAUUGCAACAACUUGAGCGGAAAGAAGCUCUUUUCCAGCCAGUGGAAGCAAUUACCAAUACUGAGUUCGAUAUCGGCAAAGAUGUGCCACGCUUUGCAUUGUUCGAGAUAUCCGCAUCCGUGACAAAUGGAGUCAUCAGGAUGUCUUUCUCGUACAAUAAAAACAUGAAGAGACAAGCCAAGAUCCGGCGGUGGAUCAUGGAAUGCGAGCGGUCACUACAAGAUGCUAUCAAGCGUUUGGUACAAAUGAAGCCAGAACAAACACUCUGUAACUUUCCCCGCCUUCCAUUAGUGUACAACGGCAUCUCGAAGUUGAUGGAGAAGUUACCUCUACUCGGCGUCCGGUCUCUCGCAGAAGUCGAGGACGUUUAUCCUUCGUCUCCGAUACAACAAGGCAUGCUACUUGCACAGCUCAAGAACCCCGAGCUGUAUGCUUACUGCUCUAUUUUUGAGGCUCGUGCCAAUGACGGGCUGGGCAUUGAUGCUCGGCAUCUUGCAGAAGCUUGGCAAGCUGUCAUCGACCAACAUUCCAUUCUCAGAACAAUAUUUGUGGAGAGUGUAUGCCAAGAAGGUUCGAAUGACCAAGUUGUAUUGAAGGAUAUGACUGCCAGAGUCGCCUGGCUUGAGUGCUCGCAUUCCGAAUUAUUGAACGUUUUCAAGAAGCAGUCGCCUGUCAAUUUCCAAGACAAGCACCCACCGCACAGGCUUAGUCUUUGCAAGACAGAAAGGGGUCUAUUCUGCAAGCUCGAAAUCAGUCACGCAAUAUGUGAUGGGACUUCAGUCCCGAUUUUACUCCGGGACCUUUCUACAAGCUAUAGAAAUCUCGUGUCCGCUGCUGGAGCGACAGGUCUGCACUCGAAAAUUGGAAAGGGAAGCGCGACCACAAAGCCAAAGUACAGCGAUUAUAUCUCGUACAUCCAGAACAGAUCACAGGAUGACGAUAUGAACUACUGGAAAGCUUACUUGAAUGGCAUUGAGCCCUGUCACGUCACUCCCCUCAACGAUGGAAUCGAGAUCCCCCGGGAACUGAGAUCUCGCGUUUUGUCCUUCAGGAACACCUCGGGACUGAAAGCAUUUUGCAGCCAGAACGGCGUCACACUAUCGAAUGCGUUACAGCUCGCUUGGGGGCUCAUGCUUCGAAUUUACACUGGUGCAGACGAAGUUUGCUUUGGCUACCUCUCUUCUGGAAGAGAUGCUCCGAUCUCAGGCAUUCAAGAGGAAGCACUUGGAGCUUUUAUCAACAUGUUGACAUGCAGGCUGAACCUAAGCAGCUCAACGCGAUUGCAACACGCUAUCCAGACUGUGCAGACGGACUUCAUCAACGGGAUGAGCCAUCAGGGCGUUUCCCUCGCAUCAAUUCAACACGAGCUGCAGCUGUCCAGCACCUCGCUCUUCAACACUGCUUUUACUUUCCAGAAACGCUCAAGUAAACAGCAUGCAUCAAAUUCGAGUAUAACUUUCGACGUGAUCGAAGCUCAUGAUCCGAGCGAGUACGAUAUCACCGUCAAUGUGGAAGCCUUUGAGUCGGAGGUUGAGGUACAUUUCGGAUAUUGGACUACGACCCUGUCGGAGUCCCAAGCAGAAAACAUGGCGUACACUUUUGAGCACGUUCUAAAUGAGAUGGUAUCUCAGGACGACGGCGAUCGAAGAAUUUCGGACCUGCAAUUGAUAAGUGAUCAUGGCCACCAACAAAUCAUGAAAUGGAACGCAUCACUUCCUGUCAGCGUACAGAAGUGUGUGCACCAUAUGAUCUGCGACCAAGUCUCGGACCGACCCGCUUCAACUGACGCCAUUUGUGCCUGGGACCGGAAUUUCACAUAUACCGAGCUAGAUAUGCUUUCAACACAGUUGGCACUUCAUCUUAUUGAGGUUGGUGUUGAGACGAACAGCUUUGUCCCAUUGUGCUUCGAGAAGUCGGCUUGGAACAUCGUAGCAAUGACUGCUGUGCUGAAGGCAGGGGCUGCAUUUGUCCCCCUUGACUUUACUCAUCCCGAAGCCCGCUUGAAGGGUUUCAUCGACGACGUGCAGAGUGAAAUAGUCCUAUGCUCGGCUCAGAAUUUUGAAAAGAUCUCGAACGUCGCCAAACGUGCUCUGUCGGUGGACCCGCAAUUCAUCAAAACUCUCAACUACAAGACCUCGGCAGCGAUUCUGCCAAUUGUUUCCGUAGACGACCCUACAUACAUCAUCUUCACCUCUGGCACAACUGGGCGACCCAAAGGUACAAUCAUUGAGCAUGCAGCCUUCUGUACCAGUGCGGUUGAACAUGCUAAGGCCAUGCGAAUGGGACCAGGCUCUCGCGUCUUCCAAUUCGCAAGUCACACAUUCGACGCAAGUGUCAUGGAAAUCCUCAGCGCUCUCAUAGUGGGCGCCACAGUGUGCAUCCCGAGCGAGCAAGAUCGCAUGAACGAUAUCCCAGGUUCUAUCAGACGCAUGGGUGUGACUUGGACCCUUCUGACUCCAUCUGUGGCAAGCACACUAUCGCCCAAGAGUGUUCCGUGUCUUAAAACGCUCGUUACUGGCGGUGAAAAGAUGUCAUUAGAUCAUAUUGCUAAAUGGAAAGGUCAAUGCUCUCUUAUAAACGCAUAUGGCCCUACCGAGACGAGUGUUAUUGCAAGCACCAGCACCAAGGUGGAUCACUAUGGCCACGACUUAAACUCGGACCCAUCAAACAUUGGGCGCGGAGUGGGAGCUCGUGUAUGGAUUGUCGAUCCUGGUAACUAUAACCGGCUGGUUCCAGUCGGUGGGAUCGGUGAGCUAGUUGUGGAAGGUCGAACGGUCGCUCGUGGCUACUUGAACAACCCGGAGAAGACUGCGGAAGUAUUCAUCUCAGAUCCCACUUGGCUGAAUGGUAUUGAACCACGACAACGGGUCUAUAGAACUGGUGAUCUCGUACGCUACAACUCUGACGGAAGUCUAUGCUUUUUGAGCCGCAAGGACACCCAGAUCAAGCUAAACGGGCAGCGUAUCGAGUUGGGAGAAAUAGAGCAAAACGUGCAGACUUGCUUGCCAGACACUGUGCAGUCUGUCGUUGAACUCGUUUCCCCCAUGAACCGAACAUCGACCAAGGCACUAGCAGUGUUCUUCACUGUAGAUGCCAACGAUCUCCGUUCAGAGUCAAACAUCGAUGAAAUCCUCCUUCCAAUGGCAAAUGCAGCAAGAAAUGUUGCAAAAAGCUUGGAUUCAUCGUUAGCUGCGGUCUUACCAGCAUAUAUGUGCCCAUCUUUCUACAUCCCCGUCACCAAACUCCCAUGGACAAGUUCUGGCAAGAUGGAUCGAAACAGGCUCAAAGCUAUCGUCGCCAAUCUCCCCAAAGAGAUGGCUGCGCCUUACAGACUCCAAAGCUCCGAAUCAAAAAUCCCCAAAGCCCCUGCGACAGCAAUCGAAAAGUCCCUCCAGGCUCUGUGGGAAUCCGUCCUCAAUGUAUCACCUCCAGGAUCCGUUGGCACCGAUGAUAGCUUCUUCCGGCUUGGUGGUGACUCGGUAACAGCCAUGCGACUUGUCGGAGCUGCUCGCUCCCAGGGAAUAUCUCUCACUGUCAUCGAUAUCUUUCGAAAUCCUCGACUCUGUGAUAUGGCGCAGGUGUGCGGAACCCUUGUUGUCGAAGAGGAGCAGCAGCUGCUACCUUUCUCCCUACUUUCCACUGAUGAAUCAGCUGAGACUAUCAUCAAUGAGGUGGCAAGUCAGUGCAACGUCGACAAGGAUUCUGUUUUGGAUGUUUACCCGUGUAGUCUGCUCCAAGAAGGGCUUUUGACACUCUCGAUCAAGCAAUCUGGCGCAUAUGUUGCCAAGAAUAUCUUCAAAUUACCAGCAGACAUCGAUAUCGGGAGAUUCAAGACCGUGUGGGAUCAGAUAAUUGAAGAGAUUGAUAUUUUGCGGACACGUAUCGUUCACAUGAAGUCUGGCAUCUUUCUACAGGCCUUAAUUGAACACAAUCCGGUCCACUGGUAUUCGGCAGAAAACCUAGAAAAUGUCGAUCUGAAUGAAGUCAAUAUUCCAACAACAAAUGGAGGCUGUCUCACUCGCUACACUAUUGUCUCGGACAAUCAAUCUGGGGAUUGCUACUUUGUGUGGCACAUCCAUCAUGCACUUUACGAUGGCUGGUCUCUCCCCAUGGUAUUGGAGAGGGUCGAAACUGCUUACCUGGAUUCUUCGGCUCGAUUCUCUAGAGGUUCAUAUUCACUGUUCAUCAAAUACCUCUGUGAAAUAGACGGAGAAGCCUCGGAUGAAUUCUGGAAGGCUAGACUUUUGGAAUGUUCACCCUUGCAAUUUCCCCAAGAUCAACAUGUAGCGACUGACAAGGCUCGGAACAAUCAAAUGUUGACUCACAGCACACCAAUAUCAAGAAAUACUGCUAGCAUGGGAAUAACUGUGCCCACUAUCAUUCGCGCUGCAUGGUCAUUGGUGGUGGCAGCGUAUUCCGGGUCGAACGAUGUGGUUUUCGGCGAAAUUUUUGCUGGACGUGAUAUUGCCGUUCAAGGCAUAACCGAUAUCAUUGGUCCCACAAUCACGACUGUCCCGACAAGAAUUGCAGUUGAUCGCAAACUUUCUAUGACGGGAUUUCUGCAGGGUAUCCAGAAAUUGGCGACCGACAUCAUCCCAUACCAGCAUGCCGGACUUCAGCGAAUCAAGCGAAUCAAUCGUGAUACGGAGGUUGCAUGCGAGUUCCGCAAUCUUCUCGUAAUUCAAACAGCAGAGGAAGAGAUUGAAAAGGGGCUUUGGGACCUCCAAGGAACAGGUGUUGCUUCGAACUUCUUCACAUAUCCUCUUGUCCUUGAGUGCAAAGGUGGAUCGGACAAGAUCGACAUAUUGGCUCACUAUGAUGAUGCUGUUUUGCCAAAGUGGCAGGUGCAGAGAAUUUUGUACCAACUGGACUUUGUGCUACAGCAGCUUAGCAACAUACCGAAGCUUGGAACCAGUGCGAAAAUGAACACUGUUGAGAUCGUUAGUCCCGAAGACAGGACUGCUAUAUCGUCAUGGAACUCUUACCAACCAGCAUUGGUAGACGCGUGUAUUCAUGAAGAGUUUGAAGAGAUGGCAUUGUCACAACCGGAUGCGCAAGCUGUAUGUGCCUGGGACGGGAAUCUGACAUAUGAAGAACUUCAAGGUUAUGCUGCACGCCUUGCACAUUAUCUCGCCUCGCUCGGUAUAGGACCGGAGGUGUUCGUACCUAUCUGCUUGGACAAGUCAGUUUGGGCUGUAGUAACAAUUCUUGGAAUUUUGAUGUCCGGCGGAGCUUAUGUGCCUCUGGACCCUACCGCACCGACUGCUCGACAUCAAGAAAUGAUCAAGGAUGUCAACGCGAAGUAUCUUAUUUGCUCACCAAACCAUGCAAACCGAUUUGCAGCUUCGAGCAUCAAUCUCAUUUCUAUCGAGGAGACACUAAAAGGGAGUCUGUCCUCACCCCUGAGCCCUGCCUUGGACUGCAGCCGAGCCAAGAGUCACAACGCUGCUUAUGCCAUCUUCACAUCUGGAAGCACAGGUCGCCCGAAAGGCACAGUAGUAGAGCACAAAGCUAUAUCAACAAGCUCUGUAGCCAUGAAAAAGGUGUUGCUGAUGAAGCCUGAGUCCCGAGUGUUCCAGUUCGCGUCGUUCACGUUCGACGUUAGCGUACUGGAAACGCUGACAGCCUUGAGUUGCGGCGCUUGUAUUUGCAUGCCUUCUGAAGACAUGAGAACCAGGAAUGUAGGAGAAGCAAUCAAUACACUCCAAGCAACGUGGGCUUUCCUCACUCCGUCCGUUGCUAACAUCAUCGACCCAACUUCCGUCCCAGCAUUGGAUGUCCUUGUUUGCGGUGGCGAAGCAAUGUCGAUUGAAAAUGUUACCAAGUGGGCAUCGAAGGUCACACUUGUUAAUGGGUAUGGGCCGACAGAAGCAUCAGUAAUAGCUGUGGGCAACCCCAAUGUCAGCGAAGUUCGGGACCCAUCCAACAUCGGACACGCGCUUCCGAGCGGACAUGCGUGGGUUGUAGACCCUGGGGAUCAUAAUUCUAUCUCACCUGUGGGAUGCGUCGGGGAACUCUUGCUCGAUGGACCAUUACUUGCCCGCGAGUACAUCAACAACCCAACGAAGACAACAGAAGCGUUCAUUGAGUGUCCACCAUGGUUUGAAAAAUUUGCACUCACCUCCUCAGUGUCUUCAGCUUCUACUCGCCGAAUGUACAAGACAGGCGAUCUGGUCAGAUACAACGAAGACGGAUCGUUGCAUUUCAUUGGAAGGAAGGACAACCAAGUCAAAUUGAAUGGUCAGCGCCUUGAACUGGGGGAGAUAGAGCACUCCCUAGAUAAGGAUUCGAGUAUUCAACACGCGCUUGUAGCGCUACCCCAAACAGGGCCAUUUCGAAAACGUCUCGUGGCUGUGAUCUCCUUGACAGCCCUGACAGGAACAACAAUUACGAAGGGUUCCUGUGAACUAAUUCAAAACGGACCUGAGGGUGCCGCUGCUCGGGCUCAAGUUACUGGGAUUCGCAACCGUUUGUCUGAGAUCUUGCCUGCAUACAUGGUACCGUCAUCUUGGCUCGUAGUUGAGUCGGUUCCCCUUCUACCUUCGGGGAAACUAGAUCGUCGCAACGUUGAUUUUUGGCUUCACAGCAUUGAUGACAAAACUUAUGAACGUAUCCUGGAAGCUGAGGAUGAAGAAGAUAGUUCGAUUCCUGCGACAGAGACAACCUUGCUACUCCAAAGGAUCUUCUCCCGCGUCCUCAAUUUACCACUCCAGAGAACGAGGUUGGGCCAAUCGUUUUUGAGUCUUGGUGGUGACUCCAUCAGCGCAAUGCAAGUUAUGGCAUUAUGCAGGAGAGAAAAGCUGAACUUUUCACUUUCUGAUGUUUUGAGAAGCAAGUCAAUACAUCAGCUAGCAUCGAUAGCCAGCUAUGAGGAUGAGGUUCAGUACCAAGACGAGGUUCUUGGCCAGGUCUUUGAUCUAUCACCCAUUCAGCAGCUCUACUUUGAUUCCCAGAUUGGCAAUACCUUCGACGGAGCAGGUCGCUUCAACCAAAGCUUCUCAUUGAAGAUCACGAGGCAUGUUGAGCCUCAGGAGCUCAGGACUGCACUUCGACGAAUCGUCGAUCAGCAUUCCAUGCUUCGAUCCCGUUUUGUGCAAGGACCGAAUGGGUCAUGGCAGCAAAUACUGCAAUCAGAAAGCGAGUUUUCAAUCGAUUUCCAGAUCCAUGAUAUUGAAGACACUCGUCGGAUCACGUCACUAGUCGAAAAAGCUCACUCAAGUCUCAACAUCUCCCGCGGGCCUGUUUUCACGGCACACCUUUUCAAUAUCGCGGACUCACCGCAGAUGAUUUUCCUCGCAGCUCACCAUUUAGUGAUUGAUAUGGUCUCCUGGAGAAUCAUUUUGCAAGAUCUGGAAGAACUGCUCACCACCAGAUCAAUUCUUUCCGACAAGCCUCUUUCAUUCCAAGUUUGGUCCUCCAUGCAGUUCGACCAUGCGCUGAAGGCCAGUGCGAAGCCGAAUGCAGGAGCGUUGCCAUUCGAAGUUCCUUCAGUCGACAUGUCAUACUGGGGUAUCGAGAAAGGAGCCAAUACAUACGGCGACGUCAUCUCAGAGGCUUUCACCUUGAGCACUGAGGUUUCAGGUAUGCUACUUGAUGAAAGCAAUAGAGCUCUUCGGACUGAACCAGUUGAGUUAUUCAUGGCGGCUAUCAGUCAUUCCUUUGCCCGUGUUUUUGUAGAUAGAAACCCUCCAGCGAUAUUUAACGAGGGACAUGGGCGUGAGCCUUGGGAUACAAGCAUUGAUAUAUCGAGAACAGUAGGAUGGUUUACCACCAUAUUUCCAGUCUAUACGGCAAUCGAUACAAACGAAGAUGAUGUAGCAGAUACAGUACGAAGAAUGAAAGACGCCCGGCGGAGUGUACCAAGCAAUGGUCGAGAAUAUUUCACACAUCAAUAUCUUCAAAUGGCAAACAAAUCGUAUACCAAGGAUUGUGGUGUUAACAUGGAGAUAAUAUUCAAUUACUUGGGCAAAAUGCAGCAGCUGGAGCACGACGACUCCCUACUUGAGCAAUGGGAGCAUCCGGAAGACGAAGAGACUUCUAAGACGAUAGCAGAUGUCGGACCUCACGCGAACCGAUUCGCUCUGUUCGAAAUCUCCGCCGCUGUCGUGCGCGACAAGAUCCAAUUCUCGUUUCUCUUCAAUCGUAAUAUUCGGCAUCAACAAUCUAUCCGAAGAUGGAUUUCCGAAUGUCAAGAAACACUCCAGGAAAUCGCAGAACAUUUGGCUGAACUCACUGGGCCACCCUCUUUUACCCUUAGCGACUUUCCGCUUCUGCCAAUCUCAUAUGAGGGCCUCCAGAAGAUAAUCACUCGAUCACUUCCGCAAGUCGGUAUCAAUCAAGAUGAAGUCGAAGACAUAUAUCCCUGUGCACCACUACAAGAAGGAUUGUUAAUUAGCCAGCUCAAGAACCCCAGUUUAUACCACUUCCAUGCUGUUUUUGAGGUUCAUCCGGCUCAAGAUGGAGUACCAGUCGACGGAGAUCGACUGGCAAAAGCAUGGCAAAGAGUCGUCGAUCGACAUGCUGCUCUCCGAUCCGUCUUUGCAGACAGUGUUUACAAAGGCGAUAUUUUCAAUCAGAUCGUGGUCAAGAAUGUUGACAGCGGCGUGAUGGUUAUUCGAAGUGACGAAGAGGAUGCGCUGGAUACACUCAGCACAAUGUCAAUCCUGGAUGCAAAUUACACCAAACAACCUCGACUGCCACAUCAAGCAACAAUUUGUCAAACCACAAGCAACAAGGUCUACUUCAAGGCCGAAGUCAACCACGCAGUCAUUGAUGGAUCUUCUGCAAACAUCAUGUUGAAAGAUCUGGCCGCUGCUUAUCACGGUCGCCUUCCUGAAGGUCUUGGACCUCUCUACUCUGACUAUGUAGCAUACAUCAAAAGUCUACCUGCCGGUGCGAGCAUCAAGUUUUGGAAAACGUACCUCGCUGGAUCGAAAGCAUGUAACUUCCCAGUGCUCAACAAGGACUUUGCUGGCACCAGGGCCUUGGGAUCAGUUGCGAUGGACUUCAACAGAUUCCCUGAGUUACAGGAGAUGUGCAAAAAGAUGAGCCUUACACUCGCAAAUGUCAUGCAAGCGGCCUGGGCAUUUUGCUUACGACAUUACACAAAAUCCGAAGAUAUCUGCUUCGGGUAUCUAACAAGCGGUCGUGACGUGCCUGUGAAAGGGGUGCAAAGCACAAUCGGCGCCUUUAUCAACAUGUUGGUGUGCAGAGUCAAAUUUCAACCUCAGUCAACUAUCAAAGAGAUCUUCAACAAAGUUCAGAAUGACUACCUCCAGAGUCUUGAGCAUCAGCAUUGCUCGCUGGCACAGGUCCAACAUGAUCUCAUGGGCGGAAAAGCAUUGUUUAACACAGCUGUUUCUAUACAAAGUGACGGGCCAUCAGAUGGACAUGAGACAACAUCGAUAUCUUUCGAUCCUGUUGCGGCACACGAUCCUAGCGAGUAUGCGGCGACACUGAACAUCCGAACCCUACGAGGCGACGAGGGUGUCGUGAUUAGAUACUGGACAGAUGUUAUGGCGCCAGAGCAGGCAAAAGAGCUUUGUGAUAUGCUAGCUCGCGUCAUGGAGACUUUUAUCAACAAGCCACAUCAGCUCGUCGAGGAGCUUGAUCUCACCAAGAAAGCUUCGGAACCUAUCAUCAUUGAACCGCCUCCCCCACAAAAUGUUAAUGACCAACCACAACUUGUUGCUUCCGAGGCGCAGCUAAGAACGAUUGUUUCUGAAUACGUGCGCGAGAUCAUGGAGCAGAUGCUCAAGACAGGAGCCUUGGUGAAUAAUGAUCAACAAAGCAUGGGCAGUACGAUCAGCAAUACUGUCAACAACACAAUGCACAUCGCGACCCAGCAAACAAUCCAGCCCAUGAUCGACUACUCGCAACUCACCAUGGCACCUCUCAGACCGCAGUUCAACAGGACCAGAUCAACGAGUACGAUAGAGUCCAUCAUGCAGCUUGGUGGGAUCGAACAAAAGCUACUCUCUGUCUGGAGUGAGCUGCUUGAGAUUUCCAAAGACACGAUCAAGAAAGAUGAUUCAUUUUUCUCUCUUGGCGGCGAUAGUAUCAUUGCAAUGCAAAUGGUUGGGAUGGCUCGCGAUGAAGACCUUGCUUUGACAGUCGCGAAUGUAUUCAGGCAUCCAACAUUUGCCGAUAUGGCUGCUGUCAUUCGUAUGGCAGAAGAAGCGCAGACACCACAAGGCAUCAGCGAUCCGAAGGAGUAUUUUGAAGCUCGAGAAGCACGAUCCCAGGCGAUUCAGAACGCGCUAUAUCAACGAUACUCACUCAUCGAAACCGCUGACGUGGAUGCUUUCCUUCAAGACAAUAUCUGUCCCAAAGUCAGAGCUUUCCGCGGCGGGAUCAUGGAUGUCUUCCCUGUUACCGACUUUCAAGCUUUAGCUGUCACGGGGACACUUAUGGAGUCCAAAUGGAUGCUCAACUACUUCUACCUUGAAGGCGACGGGGCCCUUGAUCUGAAGCGUCUGAAGCGUAGUAUAUCUCGAGUCGUGGAUUCUUUCGAAAUUCUCAGGACAGUCUUCGUCCCUCAUGGCAAUCGGUUCUUCCAGGCCGUCAUGAGAAAAGUUCAACCAAGUUUCUCUGUGUACGAAACCAGCGACCUGGCGCUGUUCACGUCGGAACUUCAGCAGAAGGAUCGCAAAGACGGGCCGCAGCUUGGAGAGUCCUACCUCCAAUUCACAGUUGCGAAGGAAAUUGGAAGCCGGAAACACAGGAUCAUCAUGCGCAUGUCGCAUGCUCAAUAUGACGGAGUUUGUUUCCCGGCGAUCUUGGCUGCUAUUCAGGCUGGCUACAAAGGCCAUCCUCUCCCUGCAACACCUGCAUUCUCAACCUACGUUCGGGAUGCAGCAAGAAAUACCACAGAUGACCAUUAUCUAUAUUGGAAGAAUCUUCUCAAGGGUUCUUCGAUGACUGAAGUUGUCCAUCGAAGCGGGCCAAAUUACAGUCGUGGAAUGGAUGCUCCAACAACUUUGAAGCGGGUCAUUCGUAUCUCCUCUCUAGCGUCGAAGAAUAUCACACCAGCAACCGUCAUCAAAGCAGCUUGGUCUGUCACAUUGGCUAAAUGGGCAGCGAAUUCAGAUAUCAUCUUUGGAAAUGUGAUCAGUGGACGCAAUGCAGCCGUAGUUGGAGUCGAAAGCAUCAUCGGUCCAUGCGUAAACCUGAUCCCAGUGAGAGUCACUUUCCAAGCUGGGUGGACCGUAUAUGAUCUCCUCCGCAGCAUUCAAGAUCAACAAGUGGCAGCCAUGCCUUAUGAAUCUCUUGGUUUCCGAGAGAUCAUCAAGAACUGCUCGUCUUGGCCCGACUGGACGAACUUCUCCACCGUUUGCCAACACCAAAACAUCCAACAGCAAACAGACGUCCAGCUCGGCGAUAUUCAGUACAAACUUGGCGCUAUAGGAUCGCAGGAAGACUUCGCAGACUUGACUGUCUUCUCUACUCCUAAGAGCGAUGCUGAGAUCGAGAUUAGCUUGAUAUUCACCAAGAAUAGCGGCGUCUCUCAUGCCUUCGCAGAAAGCAUGUUCGAAGUCCUCUGUGAGACAUCCAUGAAUUUCUCAGACAACCCUGAGGCAAUCCUGCCAAGUCCAACCGAGCUCUCUUCCCUUCCUGCUCAGACACUGGAAGAGGAAGCAAAACUUAAUGACCUCACGCUCGCAGCAAGUCUGAAAACCCUCAGCAGACAAGACCUCAUUCACUACUCGCAACUCUUAAAGCGAGUCUGGACGCGCAUUCUAUCCGACAAGAAAACACCUUCACCUGCUCUCGAUCUUGAAACAUCUUUCUACGAGAUGGGUGGUGAUAUCAUUGGGCUUGCGCAGGUCGCUUCUUUAUUGGAACAGGAAGGUAUGAAGUUACGGGUUGAAGAUCUGGUGGAUCACCCGGUAAUGGUAGAACAAUUGGCGCUGUUGGUGGCGUACAAGAAGGAGCAGAUGGCGAGAGAUCUGGAAGAUAUUGCUGUGACGGUACCUCAGAGCCAGCAGGAGCAGGGUCCAAAGAAAGGGAUCAAGAAGUUGCUGGGGAAGUCUGUGGGAUUGGCGAGGAAGAUGCGAGUUGGGAGAUCAAAAGGGGAGGCCGAAAGGGCUGAAUGAAUAAAAGGAGGAUUUCUUGUAUUAUACUGGAAGGAGUUUGGGUACAUGUUUCUAUAUUCCUGGCGAGUCUUCUUGUAUACCUUGAGGCAACCUCGAACUGCCAAGCUGUCUUUUGUUUACUUUUCAUUUGUUUUUGUUAGUUAUUUUUCUUUAUAUAAACAAAUGCUAUAGUAUUUUUAUGAUUGAG